AUGACUGUCGAGUCUGUUCUUUUAUCUGCCUUUGCACCUCCUUCCGCUUGUCUAUCAGACAAAGUCCGCAACUUUUUAGAUGAACUGGAGCCCUUACAAGACGCUAAUCGACUCAUGCACAUGCGCACAGGCCGUCGCCAGCUUGAGACUUUCCUGAAGAAGCAACACGAGGGAUCUGCAACCUUCGAGCAAGAGAUUAAGAGAGAUUCUUUGCAAUGGAAAGAACAUGUCGAUAAAGCACGACAGGAUAAGGAUAUAAGGGUGCAAGAUCGUCAGGUACUGCCGGGACUGCUACCGGGACUGAAGCUUAUGCACGACAUCAAAGUGGGCAGACCAGGAAAACCGGACGAUGCAGUGUAUUUGAAGUCUGCAUACGCCAGACAGUGGCUACCUCGCGGCAACUGCAUUGCAGAAUGGCAGGUAGAGGACACGACGUACUUUUUCCCUCUCGUACGUGGGUACAGGAAAUUCACAGGUCAAGAGGAUGACGGAGAACUCAAGCAAGCAACAAAGAGUGGUGAGAUUGAACUUUCAAAGUUUUUUAUCAAGCCCCAAACCCAAAGCAAAUGGGUGAUUUCUACCAGUAAGGAGAACGGUGAAGCUGGACACUUGGCAGUGCUAAAAAGAAGCGAUGGAGAAUUCGUCUACGUGCUUGGGUCAAAGAACACUCAUGUGCUGGCUCGGACAAUUAAUGAUAUCGAAUGUGCAACAGAAAACCAGAAGAAAACUGAUGUGAGCGACACUUUCUUUGCCCCCACAAUCGUUGCCGCUGCUAUUUUGCGUAUGGUGAUUGGCCUCAGUUCUCAUAAUCGUAACGUGCUCUGUGAGUUUCUGUGGCAGACACGCGCCACUGCGUCGUUCGAGGUGCUGUGUCCUAGCCAUCAACACGUGCAACUUCUUGACUAUCUGAGCGAAGACACCCCUGUCUUCUAUGGCCUAUCAUUGAUGACCUUUGACUGUCUAGAGGGUACCGAGAUUUGUGUGAGUCCCGUGCUGUUGUACGAGUUUAUGCGCAAGCUUGGAAUUCACACCGUGACCUAUGAAGUCGUCGCGUUCAAUGCCGAUGCCUUUGAGGCGACGCUUGAGCUCAGCAAGGGCGCUUACCAGCACGAAGGUGACGUCUACUUGUUCUUAGACGAAGCGGGUACCGUGAUAGGCAUGCAAAAGCAUAAAAGCGUAUGGUAUGUGUGUUUGCGCGCGAUUCGGGAGAAAGCCAAGACGUUUUGCCGCGCACUCAAUUCUAGGAAGCCUCUCAAGGGCAGAUCCAAGCCGAUGAGUCCAAAGGAGGCACUCGAUACAGCCAAAGAGUCGAUGCAGAAACGCUUCCAAGCCAUCGCACGCUUCGUACGAAUAUCGGACGAGACUUCAAAUGCCUUUAAAGCGCUUGGCCAGCAAUUCAUCGAGUAUCUGUUUGAGAAUGAGCUUUUCCGUGGGGUUGCGGCCGGAAAAGAAGAAGAGCAGAAGUGCAAGCAGGCUGCUAAAGAUGUUGCUUACCGCUUUCCGGUAGUUUGGAAAAGGUUCCUUCAGGAAGCCGGUGUGAACGAUGCAAUCAGCAUUAAACAUCCACUAUCGGAUACCCAAAUUGUGCAAAAUCCACCAAAUUGUGGCAUAUCAGAUGGAGUUGAGCCACUAUCAUUCAAAGGGCACUCGCAGAAUAUUAAGUUUGUAACGUUCGUGGUAACUGAUAAUGAACUGCUGGCUUCAGGCUCCAGUGAUGCUACGAUAAAGCUUUGGCUUAUCGAACUGUUGGAUGCACAACAAGAGAGCUGCAAAAAAGCAAUUUACAAAAUUGCGGGCACUGUAUGUCGACAAUGGACUCAAACUAUGCUUGGUCACUCAUCCAAAAUUUGGUAUCUUGCGGCGAUUGCAUCAGGUGAGAGUCUGUACUCAGGCUCGGGUGAUGGCACAACAAAAAUCUGGACUUCCGAGCUGCGCUAA